UGCGUGUUUCAGUUUGUGGAGAAGAGAAAGGAGAUGAAGGCUGAUGGGAGGACGGACAAGGAGCUGGAGGAGAGCUACUGCUUCUUGUUGGCUGAAAAUGCUAAACUGCCUGUGCUGUGUGAGAAGGGGCUGCAGGUGGGUCAGAGUUGGAUCACAGUGCUGGGAAACCCCACCAAAGGAGUGUAUCUGUCCAAAUAUUCAGACCUGCUUCAAGUCAACCCCAUAAAUCCCGGGUUCACAGGGGAUAUGGUCAUCUUCAAAGUCAUGAAGGGUAAAGUGAAGAGCAUCUAUGAAAACAUGAAAAACCUUUAG